AUGAUUGUCAUUUUUAUUACAACACUAGUUCAGGAUGUGAAAAGAUGGAAAUUCAUCUCAACGAAAAGUAAACAAACAAUUUGCACAGUGAAGGACCUGAAAGGUGAUACCCAAUACGAGUUCAAGAUUUGUACUGUUGACAGAGAUGGAGAGGAGGGAUCGUUCAGCCACCCAACAGUCGUAUUCAAAACUAAGCCAUCUCUAGCACAUUCUGUUAAAGUUUCAGCAAAGAGAGUAAGAUAUUUAGAUCCAGAAAUUUAUAAAAUUCCAUUACAAAAAACUAAAGGUGGCACAAAUAAUGGAGCAAAAACACAAGAAUACCACUUUGGAAAAAAGAUACCAGGCACCAGUGGAAAAACUAUAAUGCUUGUUGGAGCUACAGGAUCAGGAAAAAGUACACUACUUGAUGGAAUGAUUAAUUAUAUUUUCGGUGUUUCCUGGGACGAUAAUUUCAGAUUAACAAUGGUCGAAAUGUCGGAUGAUGAAAAGACAAGAUACACUGACCAGACUCAGUCACAAACUGAAUGGAUCACCAGUUAUACUAUAAGAUCAAUGAGUGGAAGUAAUCUAGAUUAUGAUUUACAAAUAGUAGACACUCCAGGUUUUGGAAAUACUCGUGAUUUGGUCAGAGAUAUAGACAUCGUAGAUAAAAUAAAAGAGUUCUUUACCACAAGAGAAAGUCAAGGAAAAAUGUAUUUAGAUGGAAUAUGUUUUGUUGUGCAGGCACCACUGGUUCGAUCGACACCCCAUCAGAAGUAUGUCAGUAAUUUUGACGCAAUUUUAUCCUUAUUUGGUCAAGAUUUUGUGAACAACAUUUUCGUCUUGGUAACAUUCGCGGAUGGAAACGAACCACUUGUUCUUGAUGCUUUACGAGAUGCAAAAGUGCGUUUCAAAAGUUUUUACAAGUUUAAUAAUUCCGCACUUUUCGUUUCAACACAAAGUUCACAACAAUCAGAAUUUGGCUGUCUUUACUGGAAAAUGGGGAUGGAAAGCUUUCGCUUAUUUUUUGAUGAUCUGCGAUGUACCCAGACUAAAAGCUUACAGUUGACAAAGCAAGACUUGCAACUUCGAUCAGAUCUUUAAGCUACAAUUCAAGAAUUGCAAGCUCAGAUUCAUGAAGGUCUGCAUAAGCUGAAUACUAUUGAACAAUAAAAAGUAAUUCUGAGGAGACACGAAACGGACAUCAAAUAUAUCAAUUUUUUUGUGCACGAUUUAGACGAUAUUCACACGAGAAAAAUAGAUUUAUCUGUUGGGACCUACGUAAAUUCACACGAGAAAAAUAUAUUAUCUGCUGGGACCUACGUUACUUAAUGUCUGACUUGUAACAGAAAGUGUCACUUUUCUUGUCGCAUACCCGAAGACAGAAAUAAAAUAGACUGUGUAGCUAUGAACGGUGGCCAUUGUACUGUUUGUUACAAACACAUUUCCUUAGAUAUUCAUCUGAUUUUCGUCACGAAAUCUUUUCAGUAAAGGUAAAAAAGUCUUGUGAACAGUUAAAUCGAAAAUAUUUGCUAGCACGAAUUGGUAAAGAAAAGCAGACCUCUGUUCUGAAUAAAGUCAGAUGUGCAUUCAUAAAACUCUACCAGAACGUCUAGAAAAUGAUGAAUGAUCUUCGUUGUUCCUGUAUAUAAAUAAACUGAACAAAAUAGCACUGCGACCAAAUCUACUGAGUGAUGUUGAUUAUAUUGAUCUUCUAAUCGAGAAUGAAAAAAAAGUAUGGAUGGAAGGAACGUUAAAAUGUGAGAGGAAGCAGAACUAGUAACAAAAAUAGAGAAAAAGUAACAUUUCACCCUUUUUGUGAUCUCAGCGACUUCUAAAUUUAAAUAUUACCACAUGGCAAGUUUUUUUCUUCUAAUAAUGACCAAAAUGCAUAGUGAAUGGACUGGUUCAAAUUGAUUAAGAAAUUUUAUUAAACAGAUUUUGAGCCAAUA